AGAGCUAAAACGAAGAUGAGGCUAACUGUGCUUCGCUUUGCACGGCUCAACCCGUCCGUAAAGGAGCUGCGGCUGCAUCUCUGCCAGACAGGCGAAGAAUCGAAAGGUGUCCGUGAUUUCGUCAACACUCGCUAUGUGCAGCUAAAGCGAGAUAAUCCGACACUACCGAUACUGGUGCGGGAGUGCAGCGGUGUACAGCCAAGAGUUUGGGCUCGUUAUGAACUCGGAAAAGAAAAAUCCGUCACCUUAACAAAUGCCACCGCUGAGGACGUGUCGAAGCAUAUCGAAGCGUUAGGCAAGGCACAAUAG